GCGGUGAGCGGAGCGCGGAGCUGGAGUCGGGGCUGGGGUUGAGUUAAAUCGGGUUUAAGGGUGCGCGGAACGGGCUGUAGCUGGCGAGGGUGGGCGUUAAACUGUGCUUUAAAUCCUGCAUUAGACUGGGCGUGCAGUGGGCUGAAGCUGUGCGUGCCCUAAAUGCACAGAUAACGUGCAUUAAAUACACACGUAACGCGCUGCACCUGGAGCAGGGAGCGCUGGUGAACUGGGUGUGCCGUUUGCAUUUGAGGCCGGGAUUGCAUUAAAUUGCCCAGCAGCGGGUGUGUGAGAUGCUGCCAAGUGCUGGUGUCUAUUAUUUCCCAUGGGAGAUCAACAGCUCAAUCCCAGAGGGGGAAGCACUGAGGACAUUUGGCAGGUUAUGCCACUAUGACCUGGCUCGGUCCGAAGCCAUUCUCACUGCUCAGCACAGCUCAGCUCAGUACCGGGUCUGUGUGGACACCAAGUUUGUGGAGCCGUUCGAAGCCCAGCUGGGAUCUUGCUACUUGGUCUUGGGAGAGGCUGAACACAGGGAAGGUGAGGGUCCAGUGGUAAAGGCACGAAUAUUGACCUGCGUGGAAGGGAUGAAUGUGCCCCUGCUGGAACAAGCCAUACAGGAGCAGAGGAAAUACUUCAGCGCGAGGCAGGAGCAGAUGGGAAACAGCAUGUCCUGACAGCAGCUCUGAGACAGCCAUACGCUGGUCCCUGCCCUGCCAUUUGCAAGAAAUAUGUUAGAAGUAAAUUUAGAAGGUGGGUUUGCAACAUACUGCUUUUUGCCAUGGUGAAUGGCAAAGUAAAUUCACUAAGCGGGGAAAUACUUGAAGACUGUGAGUCAGUAUGUGACUGUGGGUUGUCCACUCAUGCCAGGUGUCAUCACCAAAAAUAGCUCUGGGAAGCAGGUUUGUUCUCUGUUUAAAAGGGUGGUUGAGGAAAGGGAGCACUUGAGUUAUACUGGUCCUUCUGUAAGGCAAGGCUUGGAGACAUCAGAAAAAGGGGAAGUCUCUGAAUCUCGUGUUAAACAGCUCACACCCAAAAGCCAAAGCACAGCGGGUUAUUGGGCUGUUACCAGAUCCGAGGCAAAGGGCAUUAGGACAAAGUUCAUUAGCCUUGUGUGGCUGCGGGUCAAUGAAAGCGUGUGUUUGGUUACCAUGAUGGAGCUGCCACACGGGAGUAUUCCGGCAAAACACUCACAUACCUGGACUGACCAACAAAGAAACAAGAACAACAAGUCACUAUUUUCAGUAGCACCUGCCUCUUCAGGUUUUCAGGAGCUGGUGUCCAAGGUGGGGAACUGACUUGAGCUCUAAAAUAAAUAUUUGCAGUGCCCUGAGAAACACCACUUGACUUUCUUGCUUGACACAGCUAAGUUUAGGAAGCCUUAAAUCACUAUUUUUUGAAGCACUGAAAGGUUUUGAUUGAUACUUUCCUAAAUAAAGACUGAAAAAUAAAA